UUGCUUGCUGCUUAGGUUAUCACCUGGAGCAGAAUUACAGGAUGUUUUUGUUGUAUGAUGAGAUCUAUUGCUUCCUGCAUGUCAGCAGGCCUUUCACUCUUCUAAGCCUGAUAGUGCCUGCUAGAGUUGGGGGAUAGGAGGAAGAGUGGAUUUCUUCCUGAGAGCACCUGCUUUCUCCUCCAAGGCAGGAGGACUGAGGGGAGGCUGUGAGACUGUGAGACUGUGUGAAUGAGUGGCCCACUGGCUAUCAGGCUGCAGUGAGCUAAUGGUGACAGUUUUCUAGGAGAGGGCCCAGAGGAGAAUUGUUUGCUUUACCCUGUUUUUCACUAUUCGAUUUUGACAUUUUCUUCUAAUGCCGACCCCUCAUCCAGCUCUUUGGCAUGCUGGCUUAGUAGCUGCCUUUUCCUCAGUGAGUCCCCAGGGAAGGAGAGAGCUUCUUGUGGCUAUCUGGGACCCAGCAGGUUCCUGCACAUUCUGAGCCCUCGCCUCCCAGGGAGCCCACUUAGUGGCUCUGUGACCCAUGAAGAGCUCAGGAGCCCCCAGAUGUGGCUUGCUCAGGACGGGAGUGGCUCAGAAGGAAGGAUAGCCCCUGGGUGUCUCAUCCCCUGCCACUGCUCCUCCGGAGACGCCCUGGGGAAGCCCUGCCAGCCUGUUGCUCCGAAAACCGAAAACCGCAUACCAGCCUCUCACUGUAGCCAAGCAAAAUGAUCCUUACUUGGUUAAAAAGAACACACCAAACGCCAGAGGGGAAGGUGGGAGGGGAUGGGUGCUCAGCGAAUUUUCCUGGGGAGUGUCGGAGUCUCCACCCCGAGGAGCGGCCAGAGCCCCACGCGGGCCUGACCUGUCCAAGCGACCCCUGGUCCACGAAGGGAGGACUCAGAGUGGAGAAGGCAAGGUUUUCGGUGCGGGGCAGACCACCAGAGCCCUCCUCUUGAUUCUGCCAAUACGCGGCUCUUACCCUGCCUAUCCUGAGCCUCCCAGUCUCCCCUCCUUGCAUCCCCCAAUCCCUCGUCGACGCCCCCACCCCCACCCCACCCCAACCCCGCCCAGCCCCGCCCCUGGCCCGCACCCUCAACCUCCGUCCAGAGCGGUCGGUUGGCCAGUGGAGCUGGCUUGGGUCGGAGCCCGGCUGCCUCGCCGCUUGUGACAGCCCGGGGAGGGAGCAGAGGGAGGGGCAGGAAGGGAUCCGGAAGGUGGCGCGGAGCGGGAUCGCCGCUGGGGACUCAAGGCGCAGCCUGCGCUGCCGGGAGCCUCCCUCCCAGUGGGAGAUGGGUUGAGAUGCCCCCACCAGGGGGGAUGCCCGGCGCCGAGCGUCCGCGGAGGCCAAGAUGCAGCGGCCAGGGGCCGGCAGCCUGCGAGUGGAGGCAGCUUCCGCCGGGGCCGGGCUGCGGCACAGUCUGAGCGGCCGGGACAGCGCGCUUCAGAGCCUGGAGCAUCUCCGUCGCUGGGGCCGAGACGCCGCCGCCACCGUUCCCACUUUCUCCCGCGAGCCGGGCCAGUAGCUCUGCUAGCUGGCCUUCCCGUGGAGGCGUUUUCCAGCCCCAGCGCGGGGAGACAUGCCUGGAUUUGGGAGCGAUGUGACUCUCAGCCUCCCACUUCACCUGGGGACGCAGGCUUGCUGAAGCCCGAGGCAGGAGGGGGACCAUGGGAGGGACGCAAGUCAAAUGCCUGACUUCACCCAGUCCAAUCCACAGUGCCAAGAGUGAGUCCAUUAUAACCCAGUCAGAAGAGAAGGCAGAUUUUGUGAUUAUUCCCUCUGAAGGAAUAGAGACCAGAACAGAGGAGACAGAGUCUCCAUUAUCUAGAGACUGGCGGCCAGGGAGCCCUGGAACCUAUCUGGAGACCUCAUGGGAAGAACAGCUGUUGGAACAACAAGAAUAUUUAGAAAAAGAAAUGGAAGAAGCAAAGAAAAUGAUAUCAGGACUACAGGCCUUAUUGCUCAACGGAUCCUUGCCUGAAGAUGAACAGGAGAGGCCCUUGGCCUUCUGUGAACCAGGUGUCAAUCCCGAGGAACAACUGAUUAUAAUCCAAAGUCGUCUGGAUCAGAGUAUGGAGGAGAAUCAGGACUUAAAGAAGGAGCUGCUGAAAUGUAAACAAGAAGCCAGAAACUUACAGGGGAUAAAGGAUGCCUUGCAGCAGAGAUUGACUCAGCAGGACACAUCUGUUCUUCAGCUCAAACAAGAGCUACUGAGGGCAAAUAUGGACAAAGAUGAGCUGCACAACCAGAAUGUGGAUCUGCAGAGGAAGCUAGAUGAGAGGAACCGGCUCUUGGGAGAAUAUAAAAAAGAGCUGGGGCAGAAGGAUCGCCUCCUUCAGCAGCACCAGGCCAAGUUAGAAGAAGCACUCCGGAAACUCUCUGAUGCCAGUUACCACCAGGUGGAUCUAGAGCGAGAGCUAGAACACAAAGAUGUCCUCUUGGCUCACUGUAUGAAAAGAGAGGCAGAUGAGGUGACCAACUACAACAGUCACAACUCUCAAAGCAAUGGUUUUCUCCUUCCAACAGCAGGAAAAGGAGCUGCUUCAAUCAGCAACAGAGGGACCAGCGACCUGCAGCUUGUUCGAGAUGCUCUCCGCAGCCUGCGCAACAGCUUCAGUGGGCACGAUCCUCAGCACCACACCAUUGACAGCUUGGAGCAGGGCAUCUCCAGCCUCAUGGAGCGCCUGCACGUUAUGGAGACGCAGAAGAAACAAGAAAGAAAGGUUCGGGUCAAGUCACCUAGAACUCAAGUAGGUAGUGAAUACCGGGAGUCCUGGCCCCCUAAUUCAAAGUUGCCUCACUCACAGAGCUCUCCAACUGUCAGCAGCACCUGUACUAAAGUGCUCUAUUUCACUGACCGGUCACUUACGCCCUUCAUGGUCAAUAUACCAAAGAGGUUGGAGGAGGUGACGCUAAAGGAUUUUAAAGCAGCUAUUGAUCGGGAAGGGAAUCACCGGUAUCACUUCAAAGCACUGGAUCCUGAGUUUGGCACUGUCAAAGAGGAGAUUUUCCAUGAUGAUGAUGCCAUCCCUGGAUGGGAAGGGAAAAUUGUAGCUUGGGUGGAAGAAGACCAUGGAGAGAAUUAAUGCCAAGUAUCAGAUUGAGGGCUUAUGGAACCUGGUCACUCCCUGGCUGCUUCACUCAGGAAAGGGAACUAAAACCAGAAUACGCUAAGAAGUUUCUAGUUUGUAUGCCAAAACAGAAGCUUCUCCAAGUAUGAUGGCCACAGGUCAGUCCUAUUUCUGUGCCUGGCAUAUCUGGUACUUAAAAUUCUGUCCAAAUGUAGACCAUGGGUUCAUCUGGAGUUCCUUGUCCGUGGGAACACAGUGUACUAUUCUACUCUGAGGACAACAAACCGAAGGCCUUAAACGAUGGGGAUGGAUGAUCCCGCCUCUAUAGGGGCAUGGCUGCUAUUAUCUGGAAACUAGGAAUUGGAUGCAUCACUCCUGUGUGUUACAGUAUUAUUUUAAUUGGCCUCAAUGGUUGCAGCAAUCAGAGUCCCAGCGUUUGUACUCACAGACAAGGCAAAGGUACCAGCUUUUCUGUUUCUUUGAACCUACUGCAAACCAAGAAUAACUCAUGAGGUGGUACCAAAGAUGAAAGCCCAGUCUUCAGUAAUCUUUUGAACCGGACAUGGAUGGUGCUGAAUUGUUGCUUGGAUGGAAAAAGGGCUGCCCAUAUUGUGCUACACUAUGCUAAAACUGUAAUUUAGUAAGACCUUGGGCUGCCUCUUCUGUCUUAACUGGUUCUGCAGCUUGUCCUUUUGCCCACAUAGGGCCUAUUAUGUACUGUUAGUUUUCUCUGGGGACUCUCUAACUUUAGAGCCAUUUCUUUUUCUUCAAACUGAUGAACUUUGUGUUUGAAAGGCCUAAGGAGUGAAAAGCUCCUUGAAAAUCCAGGCGGGUAUGGAAAGGUGCUGCUACCCAUGUCUUUUUGACUUUCUUUGUUUCAUGACUUUAACUCAUGGCAUCUCCUUUGUAGUAAAAGGAGACAGACCAUUAAUUUCAGCAUUUCUUUGUGAUUUAUAAGUACUGAGCAUGAAAUACUUGUCUGCCCCUCCACAUUUCAAGGCCAGUUAUUUUCUAUUUAUGUAUUUAGUCUAGGCUGAUCCUUUAGGGCACAAUAGAAACCAUGGGGCGUGGAGCAUGAGUUGUGAAUGGCAGGGAUCAUUCUGGGUAAAAAAAACCUAGAAUCAUUUCUCAUGUGCAACAUUGUCAAGUGAAGAAGCUAACAGUUCAACUGCAGAGAUUAUUUGAUAACCUGGGUUUUCUCAUUCAUCCAUCAAGCACCAUCAACCAAUCAGCCAUUAUUAUUUAUAUUAUGUAUUACCAAAAGCAGUCUGUCUGCCUGUGACCUCCAAUGUACACUGCCAAACACAAGAGUAGGACACAUCCCUUCUGGGUUCUUGACCUGUCUGUCUCCAAUUCAUCUCCCCUUUUCACUCCCUGGCUCACUCAACAAACUCCUCUUUAGAGCUCUGAGAUGACAUCUUGUUGUUUUAUAUAGAUGUGUCUUUUAAAAAUAGUUCAUGUUUGGAGAAUUCUUUUGUAUUCAUUUGCUUUUUGUCUGAGAACCAUGUCUAUUUUUAUAACUGGAGUGUGAGUUCUGUAUCUUCUCACAUUCUGUAUACUGUAUCCAUUUUCUAGAGAACCCAGUAGCUUUUAUACAGUCUCUUCUUACCACCCCUUGUGGUUUCAGAACAAGCUUUAUUUUAUUACGAGUAUACUAAUGACAACUAAUUCCUGUUCCAACUCUACCUGUUUUAGUUGUGAAGGUAGUUUUGUGUAAUCCAGUUGAUUGCUCCUCUGGCAGAAUGAAGGAGCUCAAAAGACACUUGAUGUCUUUCAUGUAAGUUUACCUGGUCUUUUCCUAUUGAAGAAUUUUUCAUCAGAAACGAUUGGGAAAGUUUGGGAAAGUCAGCCAAAAGAAAGAAUUCAUUUCGAAAGCAAACAGAAGAAAAUAGUAUAUUCUCUCAGUUUUUCCCCAAGAAGUCUGGAGAAAAAGUCCUCAUGUCACCAGUUUCUCUGUUGCAUGAAUUUUAGUGUUUUGCUAUAAGACAGCAUGAGGGCUAUCAGGCCAAAAUUCAUUAUUGUAUUUCCAAUACAGUUUGUCUUGAAUGUCUCUUAAACCAAUUUUUACUUGUCAGUUUUCUCUCAGCAAACAGUCUUACUGUUACGUGGAAUUUUAACUUUUCAGAGAAAAUUUCCAAAGUCCUCUACCUUAUUUGGCUUUUAUCUCUGUCUUUUGGAAAAGGAGCUGCAUGGCCUCAGUGCCUCCAUAACAAGCUAAAGUUGAGUUCAUGGGAGAACAUUGACAUCAUUUUUUUCCCCUUUAGCUAGGUAAUCUCAUAUACCACAGGUACAUGACCAAGCAUCUCUGCUAGAGGAUGUACCUCUCAUAACUCCUGUGUAAAAUGAGGAUCCUGUUGGUGAUUUUCAUUCCAGUUUCCAAAGCGAGAGGAGCCUUCUGAGCAGAAGUAUGCAAGACUGAUUCUGUCUGGAAUUUCCUAUUUGGCUGCAUUCUAGGAGGCCUCCUGACUUACUCAUAGUAUUGUGCCCUGGUGGCACUGGUGGGGUAGCUUGUCUUGCUACUUGCUAAAGUUCUAUUUCUUUGAGAAAACUGAGGAACCAGAAUGCUUAAGAGUUCAUAAAAUAAUCUCUAAACCAUGUUAGGUUAAAACAAAAUGACCAUCUCACAAAAACAAGUUUAGUUGAAUGCUCAAUUCCUUAAAAAAAUCUUCAUUUAAGGCUGAGUGUGGUGGCUCAUGCCUGUAAUCCCAGCACUUUGGGAGGCCGAUGCAGGAAGACUGCUUGAGCCCAGGAGUUCAAGACCAACCUGGGCAACAUAGCAAGACUCCAUCUCUACCAAGAAAUUUUAUUACAAAAGUAGCUGGGGAUGGUGGCACAUACCUGUAGUCGCAGCUACUCAGGAGGUUGAGGUGGGAAGAUUGCUUGAGCACAGGAGUUUGAGUUUGCAGUGAGCUAAUCAUGCCACUGCACUCUAGCCUAGGCUACAGAGCAGGACCCCAUCUCCAAAAAAAAAAAAAAAAAAAAAAAGUCAUUUAAAAACUGAAGAAUGUUCUCUUCUUGCUCAGUUCCCUAAAUUAGCUGGGGAGAUUGGGACACUUUACAAUUUUUAUAUUUUUAAAUUUGAAGAAUUUGUUUUAAACUUACUUGGUUACGGCAAUUCUACUUAACAACUUUUCAGCUCUUUUUGACCAGGAUGGUUGCAAAUUAGGGAAAAUAUCUUUAUACUCUAUAUCCAAUCCAAGAGGACUGUAAUUACUUAAAAGCAUUUAGGUCAUAAUUAAAAUUAUUUUCACUGUUUCCAUAAAAUAAGCAUUAUGAUUGCACACUCAUUCUGUCUGAAUUUACGUAAGAGGUAUAGCUUGCUUAAAAUACAUAUAUAUGUAAAGUUAUAUUUUCUUAGAAACAUGGAUGUUUGCAGCCAUUGCUUUCAAAGAGAUUAUUACUGUGUAUUCUCCCUGUUUUACAAUAUGUUUUCAUGAAGACUUUGUUACACCAGAGGCUUCUGAUUAUGAAAGUGAUAACCAGUUUUAACUGCCAGUAUGUACCAGAUUUGUGAACUAAUUUAAAAAACCACGAACUAUGAAUAAAAUGGAGUUUGCAAACUAAAUAUCA